AACAACUGAGAGAGUAAAUAUGAAAAUAAGCUACAUGUAGACUCUAUGGCCAAAAUUAAGCCACGUAUGACGUAGCUAGGAAGUCGUUUUGCCAAUUUUCAGAUCAGGUGAUGGUGCCAUACUUGUGAUCAGUUGUAGCCAAGCCUGUUGAGAUGUCUCAGGCUGCAUCACCCAGUGCAAAGGAGGGAGGGGACACUAAACAGUCCCCUGCCCCCAAGGCUGGCAAGCUGGAGAGUCUACCUAAGGAAGAUCUAAUCAAGUAUGUCAAGAAACAAGCCAUGCAGGUUCAGAAGAUGAAAGCUAAAUGUGAAGAUUUGGCAAAGAAGAACGCAGAGCUUCAGAGUGAGAAGAAAAGUAGCCCUGCAUCAGCGGAGUCAGAUGGAAAGACAAGUAAGAUGGAGGAAGAGCUGAAAGAAUUAAGAGAGGAGAAUGAGGGAGUACAAGCAGCAUAUAAUGCCGUCCAGCAACAGCUUGCUCAGGCAGCAGAAGUACAAGAGACUCUGCAAGAGGCUCUGAAUGCCGCAUCAGACCAGAGGAGUGAAGCUGAGAAACAACAGCAGGCUGCUGUAGCUCAACUAGAGAAGGCUAACUCCAAGAUGAAGGGUUUGGAGGAACAGAUUCAAUGCAUGGAGAUGAAAGAAGAGACAAUGCGAACUACAUUCCAAUGUUUACAAGAAGAUCAACAAGCAAUCACAAGCGAGAAUAAGAGUCUGAAAGAGCAAAUCACAAUCCUGACUGAAGCCAGAGAUCAGACCAUUGAAUCCUUAAAAGCCUUGAAACAAUCUAUGUCGUCAGAAUCAAGCAAGGAUGACGAGACCAAGAGACGGUUAGAUGAAGUCAUCUCAGAGAAAAAUGAGCAUGCCCAGAAGAUUUCUUGUCUCCAGGAAGAUCAGGUGACCAUGCUGCAGGAGAUGGAUUCUUUGAAGUCAGAGCUGAAGAGUAUCAACGAGGAGAAGAAGGAAAUAGAGGAUGUUUCAAGAAAGGCAAGUGAGGAGGCAGAGGAGGGAUUGAAGAUCAUGGAGGAGGAAAAGCAAGUGAUGAUGAAGGCUGGGGUAGAGUUACAGGAACAGGUAGAGAAUCUCCAGAAACAACUUACAGAUGCAGAAGAGGGAUAUAAGACACGCCUUGAGACCCUGAUGCAGACGUCAGAGGAAGCCUCCGGUUGUGCUCAACAGCUGCGAGAAGAACUGAAGACGAUGAACGAAGACAUAGCCGGACUUCUUCAAGAGAAGGAAGAUCUCAUCGUAACCAAAGAUGAGGCUAAUGCCAGAGCUAAUGUCUUGGAGGAGAAAGUUCAUGAAUGGGAGAGAGAGAAGGAACGAGAACAGAGGAAGAUGGAGGAAUAUGAAGAAGAUAUGUCACGUCUCAGAGUCCAGGUGGAAGAGCUGAACACUCUUAAGGGUCAACUGACAGAGCUUGGUGCAGAAAAGGACAGCUUAAAGACUGAAGGGGAGAGAUUGUCUGGAGACAAUUCAAGAUUAACAGCAAGCGUGAGAGAGACUGCAGAGGAAAGAACACGUCUGUCAGAAGAACUUGAGUCUUUGAAAUCAGGUCAGACUGAUUUGAAUCAAGUUCUCCAGAAGCAACUUGAUGAUACCACAGAAGAGAAGAUCAGUCUUAAAAAUAGUCUUCAAGAGCUUGAGCUGAGUUAUGGGUGCCUUCAGAAGGAAGUUACUGCAAAUGAGGCUGAACUUGAAGAGAUAAAGAGAUCAGUUAGAGAAAAAGAGCAACAACUUGAGAAAUUACAAGAAGACAAAUUGAAGAAGGAAGAAGAAAUGACCAAGAUCGAAGGUUCGCUGAAAGAAUCUCUUGCUGCUGCGGUAGGAGACGCUGAGAGGAUGAAAGAAGAAUUGAAGAGUGUCGGGGAAGGUGUGGCAAGCGAGGAAAACAAACUGGUAGAGGACCUCACCAACGCCAAGGGAGAACUUGAGAAAAUCAUCAGGGAAAUGAAAGAAGAUGUUGUCAGAAAGGAUGAAGAGAUGAAAGAUUUGAAGGAGAAGCUUGAAUUAAUGGCUCAAGAAGCAGAGGGAGUAUUGGCGAGGAGCAAGGAAGAACUUGAGGGCGCUUUAGAGUCAUCCAGAGAGGAGAAACGAAAGAAGGCGCAGUUGGUGGAAGAUCUAGAAAAGGAAUUGACAGCUCUGAAACACACUAUGAUGAAAGGAGAUAAUGAGAAGAUAGAGGAGAUGUGCCGAAAAGAAGAAGAAUUACAAUUAGCCCUGGGAACUGCAAAAGAAGAUGCUCAAAAGAAGGAAGAGGAGAUGAAAGAGUUGAAGGAAGAGAUGGAUGGAGUGAAGGAACAAUUGAUGCUGAUCAGAACGGCUCAUCUUGAAAGCAUGCAGCAAAGCUCAGAAUACCAACAACAAGUGGAGACCCUUCAGAAUACACAGAGCUCUACAAGUAAAGGAGAUGAUAUAAGAGCAAGUAAGCUGGAAUCCAAAAAAGCUGAACUGGAGCAGGAGAAAGGGGAAAUAGAGAAGAAAGUUACAGCAUUGCAGAAAGAGGUAGAUCAAGGUAAGAAAAUCAUCGAAGAAUUGCAAGAGCAGAAGGAGCAGCUCCAAGCUUGCAUCACCAAACUUGAAACAGAGAUGAGCUCCACCAUGAAGGAGCUUCAAGACCAGAUGACCUUGCAUGAGCAAGAGAAGGAGACGUACCAGACCAGUCUGCAGGAGCUUCUAGACCAGAUGACCUUACAUGAGCAGGAGAAGGAGACAUACCAGGCCCGUCUGCAGGAUCUUCAAGACCAGAUGACCUUACAUGAGCAGGAGAAGGAGACGUACCAGGCCAGUCUGAAGGAGCUGGAGCAGGGAGCUGUUCAGGAACGUAGGAGAUUGGAAGAGAAGAUCCUGGAGCUCGAGGGAAGCAAGGAGAAGUAUGCAUCAAACUUUGAGAAGCUGAAGAAAGCAAGCACGGCUAAGGUCCAGGAGCUGCAGGAACAGAUCAAGGAGCUGAGGAGCUCCAGGGAGCAAGGAGACAACAACAAGGAGACACAGCUCAUACAACUACAAGAUAAAAUAAGUGCACUGAAUGAUACUAUCACUCAACUCCAAGAUGCCAAUGAUAGCCUUCAGUCCAGACUGGAUGAAGUAUUGUCGGAGAAGAAUGCCCUCUAUGCUGACUUGGAGACAGCCAUGCAUCAGAACGAGGUCAUGGGUCAGAAGGAGAGUGACAUCACCCAUCAAGUCAAUGACCUAGAGGUCACUCGGCAGAAGCUGAUAGGUCAAAUGCAAACAAUGCAGUCUAAACUAGAUGGGCAUAUUACUGAGAAUGAGAGUCUGAAAUCAACGGUGGAGGAGCUAAGAUCUCAGAAAGAUGAUGUCACUAACCAGAUGACUCAACUCAGAGAAACAGUAGCUGAACUCAAUGCAAAGAAAGGACAGUUGGAAGAGGAGUCCCUGCAGAGAUCAGCCAGUCACAGUGAAGAUACCCAACAAGAAAUAGUUUCUUUGAAGAAAUCAGUGAGAGAAUCUGAAGAGAAAGUCCAGAAGAUGAAAGCAGUUGCUCUGAAAGCUAAGAAGGAGCUUGACCUUAACAAGAAACAGAUGGUAGCUAUUUCACAACAGAAGGAACAGACACAGUCUGAGCUGCAGACUAUGAGUAAGAGAUAUGAAUCUUUGGAAGCUAGGCUCUCUGGGAGUCACCAACAUGUAGAGAACUAUCAGAGUCUACACAAUGAGUAUGAGAAGCUUCAAGAUGAAUUGGAGGCAAAAACUGAAAGGAUAAAAGAAUUGGAGAAGCAGAUUUCAGAAACACAGCAAGACUUGAAUAAUCUCUCGAUGGAGUGUACUCAGACGAAGCAAUUGAAGGAAGAGCUAGUCCAGAGACUUGACGGUCAAGACAAGGAGAUUAAGACUUUAGAGAGGGGCGUGGCCGAGAUGAGGAGCAGGGCGACGGUUGCCGAGGAGGAGAGGGAUGCUGAGAGGACAGAGAAGACAGAGAAAGAGCAACAACUGCAACAGGCAAAUGAGAGAGUUGUCAUCCUUGAGAAAUCCUUGAACGAACAGAAGACAACACAUGAUAACACCACUAGGAAACUAGGAGCUGCUCUUCAAGAAGCCAGUCAGAGCAAUCUUAUGGAUCUAGAAAUAGCAGACUAUGAGAAAACGGUAUCAAGUCUGAACGCAACUAUCGAUGAGAGAGACACCAAGAUUACUACCCUCACAACAGAGGUGGACAAUCUGGAGAAGAGACUAGAUGCGAUGCAGAAUGAAGUUGCUGCGGUGGGUAACCAGCGUGACCAGGCGGAGGAGAGAGCAAACAAGAUAAAGGGGAUGUUGAUGAAAGCUAAGAAGGAGCUCUCUGAUCUGAAGAAGACGGAGAGCGAGCAGAGAAGUGCAGAGGCUGCCCUCUAUGGCCAGGUGGAGUAUCUCACUCAGCAGGCCGAGGAUGGCAAGAUGGAGCAAGCUAAGAUGGCCGCAGACAAUCAGAAACUCAAAGACCAGAUGCGCACAUCCAACGAGGCUAACAUGAGGGCGGUAAGGAGUCUAGAACAGAAGGCUACUCUGCUCCAGGAGGACCUAGACCUAGCCAACAGAGAACUCACUGGCUGCCAGGCUGAGUUUGAGAGCUAUAAGGUCAGAGUUCAUAGCGUCCUCAAGCAACAGAAGACCAGGGAGACCAAUCCUGUUGCCAUGGCAAUGGAUGCAAGGGAGAGGGAGGAGUCAGAGCAGAUGAUGCAAGCCUUGAGGAGUAAACUGAAUGAGACGGGUGAUAAGAUGGUUGCUUUGAGGGCAGAGCAUGAGCUGUUACAAGGAGAGCAUGAUCGUUUGUCAGCGAGACACAGUGAGGUCAUACAAGAUAUGGAGGCUAAGGAAGCUCUGGCAAGAGAAAGGUUGGAGAAGCUUCGUAUUGAGAGUCACAGCAGGAACAUAGAGCAUACUGAAUCCAUCAAAGAAUUAACAGCACAGAAUGAGGCCUUGACGUCGUCCUUCAAGAUUCAAAUGAGGCAACUGCAGGAUGAUCAUCACCGAACGAUGGACAGCUUACAGCGCCAGCUAGAGUCCACCGAGAACCAGCUUUACCGUGCCCAGCAGGAGAUACAGAGGAAUAACAGCAUGGUCGUCAUCCCAACACGCACUCCAGUGGAGUCUAGUAAAGAGAGCCCUCUAGAGUCAGCUAUUAGGACAGUGCCUGGGGAGAGAGAACAGGCUGAAGGUAUGGAGCAUACAGAUACAGAGAUACCCAAAAGUAAGCUCCGCCCCACUCUUCCACCAAUCAGCACACAGAGCCCCACCCAAGCCCCGCCCUCUGUACCCUUCGCACAGCUCCUCUCCUCACCGACCGAUGACAGACAGAGCAUCUUCAGCGCAGUCAGCUCUACGGCCGAAGAGGAGCAGCUUAAAAGCCAGUUGACUGCUGCCCAGCAUAGAAUUGACCAUUUCACAGAGAUCACUGGAGAGAAUGAAGCAGCUAUCCUGAGGUUGACAGAGCAAGCAAAGGUCUUAAAGGAAGAGAUCAGACGAUUAGAAAGAAACCAAGCCAGGGAAAAUGCAAUCUCAAACAUGGAAUACUUGAAAAAUGUUGUACUCAAGUUUGUAUCUCUUCCUCAAGGAGAUGAGAAGGGGCGUCUUCUACCAGUGCUGAAGACCAUGUUGAAACUCAGUGAUACAGAGAUCAAGCACUUAGCUACUAUUGCCCAAGGUGAUGAUGCGACGCAGAAGUCUGGAUCCCCAGCUGGCUCCUAUCUUCAUCGAUGGUCAGGUGGCCUCUUAUAGGCACCAUGAACACCAUUAAACUUAAGAAGGGGGCAAAUCUGUCCCCCUCCUUUCCUGUUAUAGACAUGUUUGACUGUUGAAUCUCGAUUUUAAAGUGCAUUAGAAAAUAUAUCCACCAAGAUGAGUACCUUCAUUUUACUUUGUGUCACAUGAAUUUGUAUACUGUAAUGAUACGUAUUGAGAUUUUAUGAUUGUGCCACUGGGCUUUCUGCUUUUAAAUUUCAUAGAAAGGUAAAUAGUUGUGUUCAUAACUUAAAGAACAAAAUUACAUGUAUAGUUCUUCUACGUAUCAUCAAACUUCAUUUGAAUUAUACAUUAUUUGUGUACAUAGUGAUAGUAAUGGGGAAUGAUUUAAUAAACAGAAGAAAAAACCUUCAGGUUUGUAUUUUAUAUAGAGAGGUGUCGUGGUCGAGUGGA